CGCACGUGGCUUCGCCUGCCAGGAAUCAGCUGCGAUGGCUCCGGCUUUUGGGUCGGGUCGGAGGAGGAAAAAGCAGCGCUGGUGUAAAACCCGGGAGCCCGACGAGGAUCAGGACUACGAGAUGCCAGAAACCGCUUUCUCCAAGUCUGAUGGUGCUUCCGAUGUUGAGUUCGAUACCCAGGAAAUGGUUCGUGCCCAGAACAAGAAAAAGAAGAAAUCGGGAGGUUUCCAGUCCAUGGGUCUCAGCUAUCCGGUGUUCAAAGGAAUUAUGAAAAAAGGAUACAAAAUACCCACGCCCAUCCAGAGGAAGACUAUUCCUUUGAUCUUGGACGGCAAGGAUGUGGUGGCCAUGGCGAGGACCGGAAGCGGGAAAACGGCCUGUUUUCUGAUUCCCAUGCUGGAGAAAUUGAAAGCCCGCUGUGCCAAGACAGGGGCACGAGCUCUCGUCCUGUCUCCAACCCGAGAACUUGCUCUGCAGACUCUUAAAUUCACCAAAGAGCUGGGUCGGUUUACUGGCUUAAAAACCGCUCUGAUUCUCGGAGGCGACAGGAUGGAAGAUCAAUUUGCUGCUUUGCACGAGAACCCUGACAUAAUCAUUGCAACCCCUGGCCGGUUGAUGCACGUAGCUGUCGAGAUGAAACUGAAGUUGCACAGUGUGGAGUACGUGGUCUUCGACGAAGCAGACAGGUUGUUUGAGAUGGGCUUUGCCGAACAGCUGAAGGAGAUCGUCUCCAGGCUGCCUGACGGUCGCCAGACAUUGCUCUUCUCGGCCACCUUGCCAAAACUUCUUGUGGAGUUCGCUCAAGCUGGUCUCACGGAGCCGGUAUUGAUCCGACUGGAUGUGGAAUCCAAGCUGAGCGAGCAACUCAAGCUGUCGUUUUUUCACGUGCGAGCUGACGACAAGCCCGCCCUUCUCUUGCAUCUGCUGAGAACAGUGGUCAAGCCACAAGACCAGACCAUUGUGUUCGUGGCUACCAAACAUCACACAGAAUACCUGAAGGAGCUGCUGACCCUGCAGGGGGUGAAUUGCACCAACAUCUACAGCUCUCUGGACCAGACGGCUCGCAAAAUCAACAUCGGCAAGUUUGCCCAUGGCAAAUGCUCAGUGUUGAUUGUCACCGAUCUCGCCGCUCGCGGGAUUGACAUCCCUCUUCUGGAUAAUGUGAUUAACUACAGCUUCCCAGCCAAGGCUAAGCUUUUCCUGCACCGCGUCGGCAGAGUGGCUCGUGCGGGGAGGACCGGAACAGCCUACUCCCUUGUGGCUCCAGAUGAGAUCCCUUACGUUUUUGACCUGCACCUGUUUCUGGGACGGCCACUGGUCUUCGCCAGUCCUCAUCAGAAGCCCACAGAUUCAGACGGCGUUUUUGGCCGUGUUCCGCAAAUCGUCCUGGAUGAUGAGGAGAGCUUGCUACAGACUGACCACGAGCGUUCCCUUGACCUGCAGAACCUCCGUCGUGUCUCCGACAAUGCCCUGAAACAGUACCAAAAAUCCCGGCCAAGUUCGUCCUCCGAAUCCAUCAAGAGGGUCAAAGAAAUGGAGUUCAGCCUGGUAGGGAUUCAUCCCCUCUUCAGUUUGCGUUUUGAGGAAGAUGAGAUGGCACAGCUGAAAUUUGUGGACAGCAUCAAAAGUUAUCGUUCUAAAGCGACCAUCUUCGAAAUCAACGCCACCAACAAAACCCUGGCCAGUGACGUCAUGCGGGCCAAACGGAUCCGUGACCGGCAGUCCAUCGACCGGCACCAACGGAAGCAGGAGGAACGGCUGUCCUUGGCGGCUGUGAAAGCUCAAGGCGUGGCUGUCCGAGAAGAACCGAUGGAAGACGGGGAAGACCACAUCCAGGAUGUCUUCUCCAGCGUGGUGGGAAAGAAACGAAAGCGUCUUUCAACAGAAAGUAGAGCGGUGAAGAAAAAGAAGACAACGACGCCGUCAGCAGAGGAAGAGAAGGAGUUUUAUGUCCCUUAUCAACCCAAGGACUUUGCCUCAGAACGGGGGCUCUGUGUUGGAGGAGAAGGCACCGCGUUUGAACAGCAGGCCUCGGCGGCCGUCCUGGACUUGAUGGGUGACGAGGAGCGGAAUCUAAACAAGAACAAAAAGCUUUUGAAAUGGGAUCGGAAACGGAAACGAUUUGUGGGUCAAACGGGUCAGGAGGAUAAGAAGAAGAUCCGUACGGAAAGCGGCGCCUACAUCAGCAGCUCCUACAAAACCAACAUCUACGACAAAUGGAAAAAGAGAAAUAAGAUUGACGAACAGGAUUCUGACACGGAGGUUGAUGGCAAUCAGAAGAACAGGAAGAGGCAGAAAGGCCGAGGGCCCCACCCGGCCUCCUCCCAGCGAGGCAAGGUCCGCUCCGAGCUGAAAACCAAGGAGCAGAUCUUCAAGCAAAGGAAAAAGGCGUCCAAGCAACGUUUCCUGCAGGGCGGCGGGAUGAAGCGCUUGAAAUCUCGUAGCCGGCAACGGGUGCGAGAGAUGCGCCAAACGGCCUUUGGUCGCGGAAAGGUCAAGAAAGGCAAGCUGCGGAAACGGAUGUAGAGGUCCUGCUUGACGUGGUGGAUCCUCACUUUAUUUACUGUGUAAACUUUGGGUCUAAAAAUAAAUAAAAGAUUUAUUUCA